AUGACCAGACCCCCUCUCUUGGCGUCCUGGAAUACCCAUGGGUUUAACAACUCGGACAAAGCUGUAUGUUGCAAGAAUUUAGUUACAAAUUUUGACCUUGAUCUUCUUUUUCUUUUGGAAACUAGAAUUUCGAAUCCCUUACCCCACAGCCCUUGGUUUACCUCCACACAUUUUGUUUUUCCACAUGAAGGCUCAUAUGACAACUUCGCUUACGCUUCUCCUGGAAGAAUUUGGAUCAAAUGGAAUUCACUAAAAGUGAGUUUCAAGCCGCUUUUUACUUCCAGACAGUUGAUACAUGGCUCUGUCUUCUCGGGAACUACUGAAGUUUAUUGCAUAUCUGUGGUGUAUGCUUCGAAUUCUAUGGAUGAUAGGCAAAUCCUUUGGAAGGAUCUUACUGAUCUUGUUGUUGGUAUUUCUAUUCCUUGGAUUAUAUUAGGGGAUUUUAACUGUUGUAGGUCUCCCCAUGAGAAAGCCGGUGGUUCUUUACUUACUAAUAGCAAAAUUUCUGACUUUAAUAGCUUGAUUUUCAAUAUUGCUGUUCACGAUCUCUCAUAUGUAGGUCAUUAUUUCACUUGGUUUAAUCAAAGGGCCAAAAAUCCUAUUCAUAUUAAACUCGACAGGAUGCGGGUUAAUGAUAAUUGGCUUGAUACUUACCCGAACUCAUUUUACAUUAUGGACAAUCCUCAGAUUUCUGAUCAUUCCCCUAUCCUCCUGCAAUAUGAUCAAACUCAGCAUCAAAAGCAUCAUUUCCUAUUCAAAAACUACUGGUUGUCUAAACCGGAGUUUUGGGAUUCUCUCAUUCAGGCCUCCCCUCUGGACCCUGAACUCAAUUUGGCCUUAAAAGAUAUCGAUCAUCAACUUGCUGAGAAGAACUCUGAUUGGUCAAGUUGGAUUUUACAAAGAGCUAAGGCUAAGUGGAUGUCUAAUGGGGAGGAUGACCUUAAGUUUCUCUAUUCCAGGAUUAAUACUAGGCACAAUUCCAAUUUGAUUAAAAGUAUUACCAAUUCGGAAGGAGAUUUCACUAUUUCUGCUGAUAUCAAUAAUGUAAAUGUCAACCAUUUCCAAAAGAUUUUUAACACCAAUAUUCCUCCCAGCUCUUCUACCUGGACUGCUCCCAUACAUCUCAAACUUCCAUCCAACCUUAUUCCACAAUUGGUCUCUCCUAUCACUGUGGAAGAAAUCAAGAAUGUUGUCUUCUCUUCCCCUAAAUGUUCUACUCCGGGGCCUGAUGGAUACACAUUUGAAUUUUACAAGUCCACAUGGAAUACUAUUGGCAAACAGCUUUGUAAGGCGGUUUUGACCUUUUUCUCUACUGGCUCUAUGCCUAAGCAUGCAAAAGCAACUGCUAUAGCUCUUAUACCUAAAAGACCUCAUGCCCAGGACAUUGCUGACUACAGGCCCAUCUCUCCUUGCAACAACUUCUAUAAGAUUAUUGCUAAGAUCCUAGCCAAUAGGAUGAAGGAAGUUAUGCCUUCUAUAAUCCAUCCUAGCCAAUCUGGAUUUAAUAAGGAUAGAGUAAUCUCUGAUAAUAUUUUGUUAGUGGCUGAACUUCUCAAAGAUUUCAAUUCUUCUUCUAAAAAUCAAUAUUUUUGUGUUAAGUUUGAUAUACACAAGGCUUUUGACACAGUUUCUAGGAAUUUUUUGAUUGAUCGUAUGCUAGCCAAAGGCUUUCCUUAUGCUUUUGUCUCUUGGAUCAAGGGAUGCAUAUCUGAUGUUUACUUCUCUGUCUCCAUUAAUGGGGCGCUUGAUGGCUAUUUUAAAUCAUCUUCUGGCCUUAGACAAGGCUGUCCACUGUCCCCUACCUAUUUUGCAUUGUCAUGGAUAGCCUCUUCUUGCUUUGAGGAAGCCACUUUACAGAAUUCUUUUAAGGGUAUGAAGGCUGGCAACAUCUCUAUCUCUCAUCUACUCUAUGCCGAUGAUUUGUUGGUAUUUGCUAAGGAUUCUUUGGAUAAUGCUCAUUAUCUAAACAACUUCCUAAAUAAUUUUGCUAGCAUAUCGAGUUUACAGGUGAAUAGUAACAAAAUAAAUAUUCUUUUAUCUAAGAAUGUCACUAAUGAUGAGGCUAUUUACAGCACACUGAAUAUCCCUAUUUCUACUGCACCUGUAAAAUACCUUGGCAUCCUAAUUUUUCAUAGGAGAUUGAAAAUCUGUGACUACCAGCCUCUUUUGGAAAAAAUUUCGGGCUCUUUGGAUGGCUGGAAGGCUAGAAACCUUUCGUUUGUUGGUAGGCUGCAAUAUCACAAUUAUACAAUCAACAACAUUUUGGCUUAUUGGUCGGUGGCGGAUAGACUAAAGCAAGCUAAUCUGGAAUUUCUUAUCACUUCUACUAAUUUGGCUGUUAGCAGCCAUAUUAAUAAUGGUUGCUGGAAUUUACCUCCAAACUUUCCAACCCACUUAGCUGCUAUGAUCAAUUCUGUCCCUAUUUGUAAUUCGUCUGAUGAAUGUUGUUGGACUAAACCUGCAAAGCCUUCUUUCCGCAAUUUCAUCAAACUAUUUUAUGAAGAGUUUGAGGUGGUUCCCUGGUAUAAAUUUGUUUGGCAUAAACAUUAUUCUCUGCGGUUUUCUAUUUACUCUUGGUUUGCUUUCAAAAAUUGGCUUAAGACUGUUGAUGCCUUGACUGCUAGGGGAAUUCCUGACUCUCCUCACUGUGUUUUCUGCAAAUCUGGAAGAGAAACUAAAAACCAUUUACUUUUUGAGUGUGAUUUCACCUUCAAUAUUCUGAAAUGUUUCCUACCUAGGAUGAAUUCCAUGCUUAUGCGCCCAAACUUAGGGCAGAUUUUUAAUGAUAUGGAUGAUCUGGAAACUGAUUGCAAUAGGAAGAAUUUCUGUUUCCUUCUAAUUUAUGCUAUUGUAUACUAUACCUGGAGAGCCCGCAAUGACAGACUUUUUGGGAACAAUAUUGAAUGCCUUACAACCAUUACUUCGAAGAUUAAAAAGGUAUGCUGGUGUCCCUGGACGGCCUCCUUUGGCAACCAUGGGCUGGAUGAGUUUUUGAAGGACAAUGAUGAUGGCAAUCUUUUUCUACUCCCCUUGGAUGGUCUCAGACUGUUUUUUCUCUUCGGCAACCAGGGGAGCCCUACAAUCCGACUGGAUGAUUUUGGUAGCCUGGGUGAUCUUCAAGACGAUUGCUUACUGAGUCCUUAA